UAAAUGACAGCAGAUGACAGCUGACAGCAUUAACCUAACCUUUUAUGAUACCCUAACCUAUUUUUUUUUAUUUCAACAAUGUUCCUAAACCGAAUACGUAUAACGAUAAAAUUCGCAACCAACGUGUGCAAAUACUCGCAAAAGGUGCCGCAACCUUUGCGGAGCAAGAAACCAAAGUCUACAAAAACUCCAGUCCAAAAUUUCAUAGAUCUGAAGACACUUCGGGCCACCGGAGGCUGCGGGGGCAACGGUUGCAUCUCCUUCCUUAGUUUAUGGAGUAACGAAUUUGCCGGUCCUGACGGUGGUGACGGGGGCAAUGGGGGCCACGUUAUCUUCAAAGCCAACUCUGCCACUAAAGAUUUAAUCAAUGUACCACCCAUCAUUCGUGCUGAAGACGGGGAAAAGGGACAAAAUAAAGACUGUAAUGGCAAAAAUGCCCCACACUGUAUUGUGGACGUCCCUGUGGGGACUGUGGUGAAAAAUGCAAACGGGGUGGUAGUGGGGGACUUGUCUUCUGAGGGGAUUAUGUUUGUGGCGGCUCGGGGCGGCGCUGGGGGCAAAGGCAACCACUUUUUUGUGACUGACACGGAACAAGCUCCAAAAAUUUGCGAAUAUGGGGCCGAGGGCGAAGACUUGGAGUAUACUUUAGAAAUUAAAAGUAUGGCACAUGUGGGAUUGAUUGGGUUUCCAAAUGCGGGCAAAAGUACGCUAUUAAGUGCGGUGUCUCGAGCCAGGCCUAAGAUAGCCCCGUAUCCGUUCACGACGCUUAAGCCCCACAUAGGUAUGGUCCAGUACGACGAUUACGAGCAAAUCGCUGUGGCAGAUUUGCCCGGACUUAUCCCCGAAUCACACAAAAAUCGGGGGUUGGGCAUCCAGUUUUUAAAACACGCAGAGAGGUGCACUGCUCUUUUGUACAUCAUUGAUUUAUCUCUGGACAAACCGUGGCAAUACUUACACACAUUGCAAUAUGAAUUGUCCCAAUUUAGUAAACAUUUAUUAGAAAGACCGCAACUUGUAAUAGCUAACAAAAUCGAUUUACCAGAGGCGGAGAAAAAUUUAGAAUUAUUGAAACAAGAAACCGAUUUAAAAGUAAUUCCAGUGAGUGCAAAAUUGGGCACAAACAUUACGCAACUCCUCCAGGAAAUUAGGGUAAUAUACGAUCAAAAUAAAACCGACGACUUGUAAAUAUUUAUUUUAAUAAAAAGUGGAAUAAUUUAAACCGA